AUGGACUUAUCGACGAUAUCUUAUUAUUUAUAUUUAUAUUUCUUACCCAUGAUAAUUGUCUUUGGUAUUAUUGGUAAUAUUCUAAGUAUAUUUAUAUUCACACGUCCAUCACUUUAUCGUUCAUGUUCAAUUUAUUUUUUGGCUAGCUCAAUAAAUGGUCUUGUUAUCCUUAUUUUUGGCACAUUGAUUCAAUGGUUAACACUAAUCUUUCCUAUUUUAAAUGCCACACGUACAUCUCUCAAUUAUUGUCGUUUCCAGACGUUUGUACUCUAUGUUAUUUAUAAUUUAGCACCUUAUUUUACCGCUUGUAUUACAAUAGAUCGAUUUUGUUCAAGUUCAGCUAAUGCUAAGAUACGUCGUUUAAGUUCUCAUGCUCGAACAGCUUAUAUUGUUAUACCUGUUAUCAUUCUGAUGACAUCAGUAGCUUAUAUUCAUAUAACUAUUCGAUUUACAAUUAUCAAUUCAUCAUGUCGACCAGAAUCCGAUUUUUAUAGUAAUUUUUUUCCUUUUUUUACAACUGGAUAUUAUUUGCUUGCUAUUUUCAUCAUUAUUACAUUUGGAUUGGGUACAAGUUACAAUAUUCGAACUCAAAAUCGAAAAGUUCAUUCAAUGAUUAGUACAGUAACUAGAACAGCAUUAGAAAGACGACAUGCACGAGGAGAUACUCAAUUAUUAUUUAUGUUACUCAUACAUGUGAUAUGUUAUGCUUUUCUUGCUUUACCAUAUCAUCUUGCACUUAUCAUUGCAGCAAUAAAACCAAUCCUGACAACGAAUGUAAUAUUUAAAUUUGUUCAACAAAUGACUUUUCUCACACUCAAUCUUAGUCAAGCGAUCAACUUUUACAUCUUUACAUUAACGGCUCAUAUGUAUCGAAAAGAACUUAAAAAUCUUAUCAAUCGACUGAAUUUUCAAUGUUGGAAAUAA